AUGUCUCGGUCGUUAACGCAGCGAAAUACAGCUUUAAAAGCUCUACCACCUGCUCAAAAGGCAUCUGGAUUCAAUCUUAUGUUUAAAUGGUCGGUUGCUGGUGCUCAUUCGUACUUCCUAGAAGAUCAUUUCUCAAUUAAACUUCCUCCAAUUGAUAACUAUCGAUCUUCACAACUGACUCUAACAAAUCCGUCUCCACUAAUAGGUUUCAAUCAACCUACUCAUUCGUCGAUAUCUACACAUAAAGCUUCCUAUUUAUCUUUCAAUAAGAAAUACAAUUCACCAAGAUACACGGAAGACAGUCGAAGUUCUCGGCGAAGCAGCCCGUUAUCAUUGAGCUAUGAACAAUUUUAUCAACUACACCAAAGGCCACCUGCACCAGUAAACCUAAUGAAACAAAAUAGUUUUACGCUUCAACCAUUAACUGAUAAUAAAUGCAAUAAUAUUUCACUUCAGCCAAUAUGUGAUGAUAAACUAAAUAAUGCUUCUACGCAUUCAAUGUCUGAUUAUAAAGAAAAAAUGGUUACGUUUCAUCCGAUUAAUACUGAAAAACAAAAAAAUGUUUCAAGCCAUCCAAUAUCCGACAAGAGACGAAGUAGUAUUUCAUCGGGUGCCAGUAAAAUAUCUUCAAAUUCAAAAGUAACAGUUUCAUCAACUGGUACUGCACCUGUUGCAGCCACUAGGCCGACAUUCCGAUUAUCAAAUACUGAGUUGGUACGAUUAAAUACGCCACAAUUACGUCGAAUGAAAGUAUCAGAAAAGUAUAUGGCUGAAGCAAAAAAGCUUUAUUUUAAUGCUUAUUGUAAAAGCUUUGUGCCGCGUGUUGUAAUAUAA